AUGCUGUUAACUGCAAUCCUUCUCGUUUCACUUACAGUGACACUCACUGUAUAUUUAUGGACUUUGAAAUCAAGCUAUGAUUAUUUCAAAAGUCGAGGCAUACCUGGUCCAUUACCUAACUUUUUCUUUGGUCACUGUCGACUUCUGUGGUCUGUUGAGUCUAUUUCUCGUCAAUUGCAAACAUGGACACAUAAAUUUGGUUCGAUAUAUGGUCUUUUUGAAGGCACUCGCCCCAUUUAUGUUGUGUCAGAUCCUGAAUUUCUUCAGGAAGUUUUUAUGAAACAAUUUUCAUCAUUUCAUUCACGACAUAUGGCUUUUGUUGUUCGAAUGACAGCUCGAAACAAAAUGCAUUUGUUUAUUGCCAGUAGCCAUCAAUGGCAUCGUCAAAGACUCGUCAUUAAUCCAACAUUUUCGGCUGCAAAACUCAAACUUAUGACAACUUUGGUUAAUGAAUGUAUUGAAGCAUUUAUGAAGAAAUUGUCUGAAAAAUGUGAAGAAAAAAAAGAAUUUAAUAUUUAUCUAAUUUACAAACGACUGACUAUGGACGUGAUUUGUCGAUGCGCAUUUGGAGUCAAUACAAAUAUGCAAACGGAUAUAGACAAUGAAUACAUGCAUAAAGCUGAAAUUCUUACACAAGAAAAUCUCGAAAAACAUCCAUUGAUUCGAUUGAGUUAUUUGAUGCCAUGGCUUAUCCCCAUACUUUCCUAUAUUGUUAUUGGUCAAGCUAUGUUUAUGCAGGUUCUACAUAGAUGGAAGAAAAAUGUUGAAGAAUUGCCGCGAUUUUGGUUUACAAAUCGUUUACGUCAUGUAGUCAGUGCAAGAGCAUCGUUAGAUGAAACAAAACGUCACAUUGAUCUUCUUCGAUUGAUGCUCGAUGCUGCAACGUCAAAUGAGAUCAAAGAUGAUAAUAAUACUGAUACUAUUCCGAAAAAGCUUCAAUAUGAAGAAGUUAUUAGUAAUGUAUUUUUGUUUAUGAUUGCUGGUUAUGAAACAACAUCGACAGCACUUACCUAUUGUACGUAUAUUUUGGCAACACAUGCUAAUGUUCAAGAAAAACUUCGUGCAGAAAUCGAUGAAUGUCAAGACAAAAACGAAAGUGACUAUGAUCGAGUUCAUAAUAUGAUCUAUCUAGAUUCUUUUAUACGAGAAGUUUUACGAAUGUUUCCCAUUGCACCUAAAGCUAUAUCAAGAGAAUGUAAUACAACAACGACUGUUUGCGAUUAUGUCAUAGAAAAAGAACAUACUUGUUUAGGAAGUGUUAUUCAACCAGAUAUGUUUUCGUUGCAUUACGAUCCAAAUUUAUGGGGUCCUGAUGAUCCUAAUUUAUUUAUACCUGAACGACAUUUGACUCGACGACAUCCAAUGGCAUACAUGCCAUUUGGUCAAGGUCCACGCAACUGUGUUGGAAUGAGAUUUGCUCUAAUGGAAAUUAAAUUGUGUUUGACUCGUCUUCUUCAUCAAUACAUCAUCUUGCCUGGUGAUGAAAUGGAACAAAAACUCAAACCUCGUGAAGUACAUUUCAUUUGUCAGCCAGAAGCUCUCUAUAUCAAACUUGAAAAACGUUUUUGA